CCCCACAGAAAACAUGCUGGGAGGAGAAGAACAGGAGGAGGAGAGGAGGAGGAGGCAGGAGAGAGAGAGGGAGGAAGUUGGGGAGGGAGUGAAGGGUUCGAGUAGAUGGGAGGACGGAAGGAAAGGAUCUCUCCGUGGGCUCAAGUGCGCGAUUAAAGGAUCCUGCGCGAAUAAACAAAAGCGGGUCAAGCCGCCCCCCAGCAAUCAAGUUUGAUACCCGCGUGCGUGCGCGCGCGCUGCCGCGUGGCGUGGACGCGCCCCGGAGCGGAUUGUGUCGUCCGUCACCGUUCGACUCCCACUCGUCAUGUUAUUCCUCUCAAGUCUCUCCGAGUGCCUGUGACCUGAGUCGAGAGCCCAACUGCUCCGAAGCGUGCCCCGGAAGAGAGAAGUCCCUGAGUCAAGGCGGAGGAAACCAACGUCGAGAUCCGCGGUUCGUCCCUCGCCAGGAGCCCCCGCUCGACUUCGCCGGGGUUAAGGCGUUGGCACCCGGGCAGAGUCCCUCGCCAUGGCCGGGGCCAAGCCGGGAGUCCACGCGCUGCAGCUCAAACCCGUGUCCGUCCACGAGGAUCUCAAGAAGGGCGGUAAAUUCAUCAAAUGGGACGAGGAGCCCAGCAGCAGUCCCCCCACCCUGGUGACCCUGAAAGUCGACCCAGAUGGAUUCUUCCUCUACUGGACGGGAGGCGCCAACAUGGAGGUGGAGAUACUGGACAUCAGCAGCAUCAGGGACACCAGAACAGGAAAAUACGCCAAGCAACCAAAGGACCCCAAGGUACGAGAAUUGCUGGGCUUCGGCAAAGGCGACAACGUGGAAGGGAAGCUGGUCACCGUCGUCCACGGCAACGACCUGGUCAACAUCUCCUUCUUCAACUUCCAGGCUAUGCAGGAAGACAAGGCCAAGAUUUGGACUGACGAACUGUUCACUUUGGCCACAAACAUACUUUCCCAGAACGCGUCACGGAACACGUUCCUCUUCAAAGCGUACACCAAGUUAAAGCUGCAGGUGAAUCAGGAAGGCAAGAUCCCAAUUAAGAAUUUCCACAAAAUGUUUUUGGACAAAAGGCGAGUGGAUACGGCGCUGGAGCAGUGCGGGCUUUUCAACAACAAGAGUGACGCAAAAUCAGAUGGAUUAAAGCCAGAUGAGUUCACAUGGGAGGCCUUUCAGAAGUUUCUCAACACUCUGUGCCCGCGGUCCGAGAUUCAAAGCAUUUUUAUGGAAAGUGGCUCCAAAGGAAAGCCUUUCAUUUAUCUGGACCAGCUGACGGAGUUCAUCAACCGCCGGCAGCGCGACUCGCGCCUCAACGAGGUUCUCUACCCGCCUCUGAAAAUAGAGCAGGUCCGACAGAUCAUCGAGAAAUAUGAAACCAACAUCAGCCAGCUGGAGAGAGACCGGAUCCAGAUCAGUUUGCAGGCCUUCACCAGUUAUCUCGGCGGGGAGGAGAACAGCAUCGUUCCGCCGGAGAGGCUGGACGUCAUCGACGACAUGAAUCAACCACUGUCGAACUACUUCAUCAACUCCUCGCAUAACACGUACCUCACAGUGGGUCAGCUGACCGGUUUGUCCUCAGUGGAGAUGUACAGGCAGGUGCUGCUCACCGGCUGUCGCUGCAUCGAAUUGGACUGCUGGAAGGGUCGACCGCCCGACGAGGAACCAUACAUCACCCACGGCUUCACCAUGACCACUGAAAUACCUUUCAAGGAGGUCAUUGAAGCCAUCGCCGAGAGCGCUUUCAAGACCUCACCGUACCCCGUCAUCCUGUCCUUUGAAAAUCACGUUGAUUCGGCCAAGCAGCAAGCCAAGAUGGCGGAGUAUUGUCGGACCAUAUUCUGCGACGCCUUGCUCAUUGACCCACUGGAAAAAUAUCCACUGGUACCAGGCCAGCUGCUCCCCUCGCCGCAAGAGAUGAUGGGCAAGAUUCUCAUCAAAAACAAGAAAAAGCACCAGCACCACCGGCCCUCCAGCGGUGGCAGUAUUCUACGCCGCGAGCUGGAAGAGCCGUCUUCUCCGCACAACGGCGAGGGAAGCCAGAUCCUGUCCCACGAGGAAGAGAAGCUUGCCGAGAGACUGGUCAGAGACUUGGAUCCUCGCAAGUCCAUCGGAGGCGAGGGAGAGAGCGAGGAGGACGAGGAAGAAGAUGAACCCUUGACCGAGCUGAAAAAACCUAACUCGGAUGAGGGUACGGCCAGCAGUGAGGUCAACGCCACGGAGGAGAUGUCCACGCUCGUCAACUACAUCGAACCAGUCAAAUUCAAGAGCUUUGAACUGGCCACCAAGAGGAGGAAGUUCUUUGAGAUGUCAUCAUUUGUGGAGACCAAAGGCAUGGACACCCUGAAGAGCUUGCCCAUUGACUUUGUUGAGUACAACAAGAACCAGCUGAGCCGGAUUUAUCCAAAGGGAACACGGGUAGACAGCUCCAACUACAUGCCACAGGUCUUCUGGAACGUGGGCUGCCAGAUGGUGGCGCUGAACUUCCAGACCCUCGAUCUUCCCAUGCAGCUCAACAUGGGCGUGUUUGAGUACAACGGCCACAGCGGCUACCUGCUGAAGCCCGAGUUCAUGAGGAGGACGGACAAGCACUUUGACCCUUUCACGGAGAACAUCGUGGAUGGAAUCGUUGCCAACACGGUCAAAGUGAAGGUGAUCUCAGGCCAGUUCCUGAGCCUGAGCGACAAAAAGGUCGGCGUGUACGUGGAAGUGGACAUAUACGGACUUCCGACAGAUACCAAAAAGAAACGCACGAAAACCUCCAACGGAAACGCGCUGGAUCCUAUUUGGGAGGAUGACGCGUUUGUCUUUCACAAGGUGGUCCUCCCAACGCUGGCCUCGCUGAGGUUCGCCGCAUUUGAGGAGAACGGCAAGUUCAUCGGACAUCGCAUUCUACCCGUGUUGGCCAUUAGACCAGGUUACCACUACAUCAACCUCAAGAACGAGUUGAAUCAGCCCCUCCUGCUGGCCUCUCUGUUGGUCUACACCGAAGCUCAGGACUACAUUCCCAACGAACACCAGGAGUACGCCGAGGCCCUGACUAAUCCCAUCAAACACGUCAGCCAGCUGGACAAAAGGGAGACGCAACUGGCCGUGCUCCUCGAGGAGAACUAUGAGCGUUGCUCUAACCAGCCCGGAGACGGCGAGGCCAAGAGGGAGUCCGAGGUCCUGCCAGGGCACGUCCCGUCGCCCUUCCCGGCUCCUCACCGACCCGACGAAUGUCCCGACAUCAUAACGCCUGUGCAAAGCCUAAAGGAAGACCUCAUCGCUGCCGUUCUGACAGACGCUGAUCCGCAGUCGAUAGAGGAGCUGAAGCAGCACAAACACUACGUGAAGCUCAUGAAGAAGCAAAGCAAAGACCUCAAAGAGAUGAGAAAGAAACACCUGAAGAAGGUGUGGAAUCUUAGUAAGGAGCAAAAGUCUCGGAGUAGCCAACUGGAGUGUGAUCUGCAAAGGAGGCGCAGUCAGAUGGAGAAACACCUGAAACGCAGUGUCAAAAAAAACGAGCCCCAAGAGCCGGUGCAGCGAGAACUCUCGGCCCUGGAUCAGGAGCACGAGAAAAACGCGGUGCAGCUCAGGGAAUGGCAGAUGCAGGAACUACUGAAGCUUCGGCAGCAGCUGCACUUGCUGGAGCAGGAGAAGCAGCAUGCGUACCUGCUGGAGUCCUUCCAGAAGUUGAAGGAAACGGCGCACGAAUGCCAAGCAGUUCAGCUCAAGAAGCUCCGGGAGAUUUGCGAGAGGGAGAAGAAAGACCUUCAAAAAAUCCUGGACAGGAAGCGGCAGAACAGCAUCAGCGAAGCAAAGGGCCACGACAAAGACAAGGCCGAGAUAGAACUGAAUGACAUCAACAGGAAACACAUUCAAGACUCUGUCAACUUAAUACGCAAGCUGGAGGAGGCUCAGAACAGAAGGCUGGAGAAGUUGAAGCUGAAGCAACGAGAGGUGCUGCAGCACAUCGACGAGGAGCUGCCAACGAUUCAGGCUGAGCUGAGCCUAACCCUGAAGGACGAGUUCUUCCACCUCCACGAGGAAAUCUACCAGCACCUGCAGCUGGAGCUCCAAAACAAAGGUCUGCACAGUAACGCCCUGUUCUCGCCCGUGUCCAACAACAGCAGCCCGGCCUCGGGCCCGCCCUCCAACUGCUCCACGCCCAGCGACCCGUCCACGCCUGAUCGCAGCAGGGACAGCAAGAGCUUUGACUAUAUCAUGCCCUCUUUGGCCGCAUCCUCGUCGUCGACGCCCUCCAUGUCUAAGGUGGAGACGUUCUUCAGUUGAACUUAUCGUUUGUACAAAUGGAUUCCAAUGGGGGCUGUAAUGAUUCUAAUGUGGGAUGGUAAUAAGAUAAUGUACUAAUUAUAUUCUUUUUUUUUUUUUUUUACUUUGUUCUUCUAGAGCGUGACUAUUUUUUACUGUUUGUCAGAUGACAUAUCAAAAUCAUGGAUAGCAAAAAGAUUUUACAACUUGCUAGACUAUUGCUUGAUUUUCAUGGUAAGGAGUGAUUAAGAUUCGCCAUUUUGUUUGUUUUGUUCACUUUUCAUGCCUUGUUGUGGUACUGUUUGGUAGAAAGCCCCGACAUCCUCCACGUUAAGCUCGCUGUAGGAUCCGCGGAGUUAUUUGUAGCUGUAAUGAUAGUAGUCGGCCAGCAGGGGGUGCUACAGCCUUGACCGUUUUUCCCCCACUUUGCACUGUGCAGUCAUCUCUGAAGAAGUCCCCUUUCGAAAAGACACACUACCAUUCUUCUUUAUUACCAAAUUGUGUUGCACAAAUAUAACGGUACUUUAAUUUAUCUGUGUUUAUUUUAUCUGUAAAUUUCCCGUUUGGUGUUUCCUCUAAUAUGUUUGGAAUGAGGGGGUUGAUCGAUGGUACUCGUAAAUGUUCCCUGUGCAUAUUUUUAUGUUUUAUGUGGAUUUUACUACUGACUACAGGUGCUUGAGCGAGACGUCAGGAGGGUUGACACUUUUUCUUUUUUUUUGGGGUGUGCUCUCUCCUGACACUCUUUAGAGCACUGGCUGCCUGUCUGUUUGAAUGUUUCCCCUCACAAACACGUCCUUUGUCAACUCUUAACCUUUUAUUUAAAUGGCAUUUUAACAAAGUC